AUGCUUACAGUAGCUUGGGUCUGUCGCGGCUGCCUUGCGCGCAUUGCACGGCCAUUGGUACGAAGGCAAUUGCGUCAGCAGUCCACAGCAGUUGCUUCCGAAUCGGUACCGCCCGCUCUGCUUUCUCGAGCUCGCAGCAUCGCCGUCGAGCACAAGACCCUCAGCGAGACACUCGCCGAUGGCUUCGACACGAGAUCGGCAAAGAAGCUGGGCGAGUAUGGCCCAAUCGUGAAUGCCUUGGAGCAAUGGGAUAAGGCCAAUGAGUCUGUGACAGAACUCACUGCGAUGAUACAAGACUCGAAGACCGACCCCGAACUACGCGAACUAGCAGCAGACGACCUAGACGAAACUCGCAACGACCUCGUCAAUGCCUCCUCCAGCCUCAUCACCUCCCUCGUGCCGGUGCACCCAUUCGCACAUCUCCCCUGCCUGAUCGAGAUACGGCCGGGAGCGGGCGGAUCAGAAGCCGCCAUCUUUGCUGGCGAUUUAUUCCGCAUGUAUCAGGCCUUCUGCAACCACAACAACCUCCGCACAAACGUGCUGAAAUACGAGAACAUCAACGGCAAUUCAGAGGCAGGCGUACCGCUUUCAGAAGCCAUCUUCGAAGUUGACAGUGACAACGCGUACGGCAUCUUCAGAUGUGAAGCUGGUGUGCACCGCGUGCAGCGUGUGCCCGCCACCGAGACGAAGGGCAGGACACACACAAGUGCCGCGUCAGUACAUGUUCUGCCGAGCUUGCAAGAGAAUUCGGCAGCUCAAGAGGACUACGAUGACCCUGAAAGCGACUACUACAUCGACAUCAAGGAGGUCAAGCAGGAGGUGAUGAGGGCCAGUGGAGCCGGCGGGCAGCAUGUCAACAAGACUGAGUCAGCCGUUCGCCUGACCCACAUCCCGACCGGGACGGUAGUAGCAAUGCAGGAUUCACGGUCGCAGUCGAAGAAUAAGGAAAAAGCCUGGACACUGCUUCGCUCACGCAUUGCGCAAGCACGGCGCGAGAAACGCGAAGACGAGAUCGUAGAGAUGCGCCGAAGCGUGAUUGGUGUGGCAAAGAUGGGUCGAGGAGACAAGGUCCGAACAUACAACUGGGGGCAACAACGCGUCACAGACCACAGGAGCGGCACUACUGUCAACAAUCUCGACGAUGUGAUGGCCGGCGGACAGACACUGGAAAAGGUCAUGGACAGCGUGCGCACCUGGCUCAUGGAGCAAGACGUCAAGGGUAUGAUCGCCGAAGAGGGCCAGACCAAGUGA